AUGGACUUUAGGGACUUCCAGGUGUAUUUAUCGAGACCAUUUAUAACAACUCUAACUGCAACUCUUUUUAUUUUGCCACUCUCAUUUUUUAAGAGACUCGACGUUCUGAGUUAUGCAAGUUCGAUUGGCUGUCUCACUAUUAUUUAUGUCGUUUGGCUGAUUGUUUAUGAAAGUUUUGGUGAAACUGGAUUGAGUAAAAAACCAAUUCACAUUUGGCCCGAGAAUUUGACCGAGCCACUUCAAAUUAUUCCCAUAAUUUGUUUCGCAUAUCAGAGUCACAUGACUGCAAUUCCAACAUACGCCUGCAUGAAAGACCGCCAACUCAGCAAAUUCACCUUUUGCGCAAUAAUCAGCAUGCUCAUCUGCUUCCUGGCUUAUUCAAUCGUCGGAAUUUUCGGCUACAUGAGUUUCGGCAUCGGGAAAGUCCCGAGCGAUAUUUUGCAAGGCUACGGCGACAAAAGUGCGACCCUGACAAUCGCAAUCAUCGCCCUGGUCAUAAAAAAUUUCACAACUUAUCCCAUAGUUUUGUACUGUGGCCGGGACGCAUUUAUGGGACUUUUCGGAUGGGACAUCGACUACCAUGUCGUGAAACGAGUCACUCUGACCAUCAUUUGGUUCGUCUUGUCGCUCGUUAUUGCAAUUUUGGUUCCGGACAUCUCUCCCGUGAUCAAUUUGAUGGGAGCGCUCUCAGCGGCUUUUAUUUUUCUCUUCCCGGGGAUUUGUUUACUGCAGAGCACUCUGCAAAAGGAUCCUCGACUUUUAUUGAACAAGAAUCGAUUCCUCGUUUUUCUCGCUAUUUCCAUCGCCACUCUCGGUGCCUUUGUUUGUGGAAUUAUUUUCGUCGAAGCGAUUCAGGAUUUGAAGAGAGAUUCUCUGGCGAAACCACUUGUUAAGGGUCUCAGAAUUUCCUUGGGGAAGAGUCUGUGCGUUUGAAAUCCGGAAACUUUUUUUGUUUUCAUUUAGGAGAAUAUAAUAGAUCUGGCAAUUUUCAAAGACUGAUUGUAAAUAUUUUACUUUUAACACUUUUUUUUUAUUGUAGAGAAUAGUAUUUUUUACUGAGGUGAUGUUAAUCAAAAAUAAAGUAUUUUGAC